ACCACAGUAUGAGCACUUAUGGAGAUCCAAUGGUGAUGGUCAUUGAACAUUUGCAGUGUUCCAUGUCCAAUGAUCUGCUCUGUAAAUUUCCCGAUAAUUCAGCAUUCGAUUUCGAUUAUACCCAGAGUUCAAUUUGGUCUCCUCUAGUACCUCGACCAUUGUCGUCGUCUAACCGGAGGCUCAGCUCAGGUCUGUCUCGAAAGCUUUCGUAUGAGGAUGUCUCGGUAGGAUGUACUAAUUUCAAGAAAGUGACGGCGAAAAUCAAGAGGAAGUUGUCUAAUUCUGUCACAGAGAAUAUGAGAGAAUAUUAUCACAAAUCGAAGAAGAGAAAGAAGAAGGCUUUAGAUUUCACUCGUCUACCAUCUUCAUCUAAACUCGCCUCCACUACGCCAACCCCACGAAAGGGGUGGGCUAAGGUACUGAAAGCGGCUUCGAAGCAUUUCAAGAAGAGGAACAAGAAGAAAGAUUCCAAAGGUGAUGUUAAUUUUUGCAAAUCUUUGACUGACAACAGUCUUCUGCGAACUUCUGCAUAUCCAUAGUAUGUAUGAUGUUUCGAUUGAUUUUUGGGGGGCAGGAGUUAAGAGCAAGGAAUUGUCUUGUUUCUUUGAGUCUGUUUCAAAUUUAGUGUUUGUAAUACAUGAAUUUCCACUGUAUUCAGCAGAUGUGCAUUAGUUUAAAUAAUGUAAUGUAGCAAUUCUACUGUGAUUGCUAAUAAAAGAUGGAGCUUACUGGCUCUGCCCUGUAACAUUAUGAUUUCUCAAAUCUGAAGUAUUUCUUGAUGA